CCAACUUUCAAACUAUGAGUGAUAAAUCAGAAGAUAUUUUGCUUCAGAUUAAUGAUGUUAAGUAUAAAAAAAAUAAUGGACAACUCUGCAUUGCUCAUAAGAAGAUUGGAUGGAUUAUGGACAAGACAGACAGUUUUGCUGUUAGUGUUCCAUAUACAACUAUCAAGACUCAAAAGAUAUCUCCUGAGGGUAAGCCUAAGGUGCAACUACAAAUCAUCCUCAAUGAUCAGUCAACGCAUAUUUUUCAUUUCACUAACCCAAGUGGAAGAGAAAAACAAGUGGAAGAGAGAAAUCAAGUUAAGGAACGUUUGUCUCAACUCCUGUCUGCUAGCAAACGGCAGCCUCCUAAUGAGUUGCUAGAGAAGAAACGAAUUCUUGAGGAGAACCCUCGGCUUCAUAGGCUUUAUCAAGACCUUGUGCCUAAGAAUCUACUGCAGCCUGAGGAGUUCUGGAGGGAAAUUGCUGCUGCAUACAAGAAAAAUCUAACACCUAAUAUGGAGAUGGGUAUUUCAGGAGCUUUCUUGGCUGACAUCAAACCUCAAACAGAUGGCACCAAUGGCAAGGUGCUGUACAACUUAACUCCUGAGAUCAUGCUGGCUGUGUUCAAGACUUAUCCUGCAGUGAAGAAGAAGCAUGAUGACUAUGUACCCCACCGCAUGACUGAGUCCGAGUUCUGGACAAGGUUCUUCCAAUCCCAUUACUACAGCGCUCACACCACAAGCCGGUCUGAAGAAGUCUUUUCUGAGUGUACCAAGUAUGAUGACAAAGAAUGGUCCAAGGAUCUAGGGAAGAUAGUGAGUGAUCCAAUCUUAAAUCUGGACAACAUCUACGAGACUCCAGCGUACGCUUCCACUCAGAACAGCUCGAGCAAUGCGGGCAGCAACUACAUGCAUGCUACCAUGAUCAAGCGGUUCAACCAGCACAGCCAAAACAUCCUGAAGGCCCAGACGCGUUCUGAGGCUGACCGUCUCUAUGACGAGAUGGUCGCCAAGAAUCCUGACGCCCUCACCAACGGGACUGCUCCUCCUGUGCCGCAGACCAAGAACAAAAAAGUAAAUUGGCGCGGCUGCAGGAAAAGCUGUAAGCCUGCAGCCGCUCACCAGUUGGACGAGCUGAACGAAGAGCUGUCGCGAGCAGUGGCGCAGUGGACGCCUGACCUGCGGUCUGCGCAGAAUCCCCAGUUGGCACACAAGACACUGCAGCUUGUGUCCGAGAGGUGUCGGGAGGGCCGCGCCGACACGCCGCAUACUAAUGGCGUGGUAGAGGAGCUGCCACAGGACCUGCGUCGUGACCUGUGCGCAGUGUACAGCAGCGGCGGGGAGCUGUUACGUCACUUCUGGUCCUGCUUCCCGCCCCGCAACGCGCAACUCAUCGCCAAACUCCACACACUCCACACCACACUCAACAAUUACCACCAGGCCACGCUGCGGCCUUUUCAGGAGAAAGCAAUCCGGGACUACAACUGCCGCAGCGGCCUCCUUGACCAUCUGGUCUACAUGUUCCACACCGCCAAUACGAAGUAUGAGAACUGGAAGUCUCGCUACGCGCCAAGAUGAACAUGCCUCUUCUAGUCUAGAGUUUACUUGUUCUUGCUUGUAAGUUCUCUAGAAUAGCAGAAAUGAUCCACGAUGCUUCCUCGCGUUCUUUUGAUAUUCAUCAUAGCGGUCAACUUAUUGGAGUUUCUAGUUAUUUACACGGUCACUAAUUAUAAAUUUUCAAAACUAUUAUUCCUUCAUGUCAAUAAAAUUAUUUGAAAUAUUGGGUAGCGAAUUUAUGAUUUCACCCAUCACCAAACGAAUAUUAAUUUGCCUAUCUGAAUAGCUUACUAAUUGUCUAUCUGAAUAACUUAAGAUACUUCCUUACGUACGGUACUUGUCUUACGUUAUGCUUGUUGCCAUAUGACGCCGCUGAAGGAGAUUGAAAUAAAUGCUACAUGCUUCAGAAACUUUACCGAAUUCCUGUAUUGAAUAAACUUUUUAGGAUAAGUGAAAAUUUUCUCUGAGAAAAUAUUAGAACAAAAGUGGACAUUUACCCGACAUACCGUACAUAGAAUAAAUAACCCGCUUAGUGAAGUAGGUGAAAAAUUUUCAGAUUAAAACGUACAUUUUUAUUUAGGUAAUAACCACCGAGGGCUCCGAAUAAAACUAUAUAUUCAGUUAUACAAGAAUUACACGUGUAUGUCUAUAAAGCUUCUCGUAAUAAUCAGCCUGGAGAAUUCGUUGCUGUGUAACAGCUUUGAAUUUGGCAUCGAUAGCGUAUGUACACGAUUGUGAGAAGCAAUAAAUGACCGGAAGAUUAUUAGAUACUACAAGGCCACUUAAGCUCUCCAGCGUAUGAACUGCACUUGUCAACAUGAGGUACAAUUCGGAAACUCGUUUAAUCCUAAUAGGACGUCGCACUUCUGUAUUCAAUUGUGAACAAAGAAUUUGAUGCAAAUAAUGCCGCGUCUCCAUGGUUGCAAAAAUAGUACCCAGAUUGAA